AUGGGAAAAUUGACAGAUCCAAUUACAUUGUAUCAAAUCAUUUCUGACUGCUACGUGAUAAGAGAGAAGAAGAAAUUGACAGAUAUAAAUGCAUAUAUACACUGCUUUGUCGGUGUGCAAAGCAUUACAACUGUAUAUGACUUGGAGGUGGCAAUAUGCAAGAAUGAGGGUAUUGAACGGUUUGAAGAGCUUGGCAUGGGUCCUCUAUCUUGCUACCCUCUUGUGCAACAUUACUUCUUUGUUGGUUCAGAUUCUGUUGAUAUUUUCAAAAUAUCAGCUGAGGACGUUAUAGCUUCCUUGCAUAGCUUCUUGAUGCAGUGCAAGAGGAAAACAGUGUCAGCAGAGGAGUUGUUAGACUUUCUUGCAGAGCAGAAGUCACUUCCACAUAAACAAAAGCUUGGUGUGCGGAUUCAGAACUUGGGGUUGCAUGUAGCGUACAUCCGGCGAGGCGAGCAAUCAGAAAAGACUAUUCUCAAUAAAUCCCUGAAGGGUUUCAAACAUAAGAUGAAAGAAAGGUCUUUCAGAAAAGGACAGACUAAAGGACAAACUAAGAAGAAGAAACGGAAGCGUCGAGAGAAUCAUGAUAAUACUAUGAACAAAUUUAUGAGAAAGGAAGAAAUGAUCGACGUCAAAAGGCAAUCGGAUAGCAUUAAAGAAAUGAUCGACUUCAAAAGGCAAUCGGAUAGCAUUAUUAUUGUUGAUGGUUACAUAGAGGAUUUCUUAACAACAUGGAAAGAAGCUUGUCGAGAAAUUUUUUUCAAAAUUUUCUGA